AUGAGUCAUGAUCACGGUUCGGACGGACCAGGGUCAGGAAAUAAUGAGUCUUUGUCCCACGGUUUGCAAAUAAAUUCAAUUUACUGGGAAACUGGACACAGAACAUACCUACCAUUUUGGGCAAAUUUAUUGAAAAAGUUCACACCUAAAAUUAUAGACGAUAAACUGAGGAAAGUGCUCGGAGAAGCAAACCCAGUAUCUCACGAACCAUUUGUGUUCUACGGGGAUUCAGCAUAUUUUAGAAGCUACUACGGGGAUCCAGACGUGAGUGUAGUAUUCCCCUUGAAGAAGAAGACGAACUUCUGCUUCUCGCCAACAGGCAAGUCGAGUUUGUCGGAGCUGGAGCAUAAGUACGACAAAUAUGGACAAACGAAGCCUAGCAAGAGUGAGUUGGUGUACAAGGAAGUUGAUGGAAAAAGUAACUUGGAUUAUGAGAGUACAACAGAGCCAUUAUUUACAGAGGAGGACCUGAAGAAUAUUAACAAUUUUGUGAAUGAAAUUAAGGCAGGAGUAUACGGGGAAAAUUGUAAAAAUGAAAUGGAAAAACUGAAAGUGGAAAACAAAGAAGAAGAUGAAGUAAAAAGUGUCAAGGAAAUUUUGAAAAUCAGAGAUGAAAAACUGGAGAAGACGUUGAGUGAAGUGUUUGACAUGUCGAAAAUAGCAACAGAAGGAAAGGAAAUAGAUUGGAGUGAGUUGGAAAAGAAGAUUUCGGAACAAGGAAUGAAGGAAGGGCUGAACACAGAGGAGUUAAAGUCAAUGGUACAAGCACUGUAUAGAAAAAAGGGACUGCUGAAAGAAGAAUUUAAGGCUAUGAAAGUGGAAGGGCUUAAGUUAAACUGGAGGCAGUCGCUUAAAAGUCUGGAAAUAUGGUUCACAGUAGAAGAAACGACGAAGAGGAAGGACUACGAGAUCAAGUUCCUGCCCUCAACACUCACGAUAGAAAGAAAGGGACAAGUGGUACUGCAAAAAGAACUGUUCGGGAAGGUGGACUGCGAAGGAACCUUCUGGACGAUGUACAAGAACCCGGCAACAGGAGAGAAGUACAUAAACAUAAGCAUGACGAAGCGCGCGCCAAAACACGAAGGAAUGUGGGACCAGCCGUUCAAAUAA